AUGACUGCAAGCAGUUGCGAGUGCAGGUCCGAACAGGGGAAUAAUACGACCGAUGAGUUUUUACCAGCAGAGGAAACGGAGUGGAAAACAUUUAUUGGAAGUGAUGGCUCGGAAUACUUAAUUAUGCUAUUCAAGGAUCAGCAGAACAGUGAUGAACAAUCAAACGACGUUUCAUUGAUCGAUGAUGGAAAUGCUAGUGACGAAGAGGUAUACUCUUACGAGUCCUAG